UUGGAGGCGGGGUCAGCUGUCCUUGCCGAUCGGACAGGCACCUCGUUUUGCGCGCGCAAGGAACCUCGGGAUAGCCCCCCUGACAUGACGAGGCGGUGAAACGGCAUCCCCACUGGAAGCACCCCGGUAACCGCCCCCAAACGCUGCCGGAUAGCAGAGCACAGCGUCUGAGUCUAUAACCGGGGGUCGGUUUGACAGUCCAGUCGUCUCUCCCAGAGCCCCAUCAUGGCCGACAACGAUACCGGCCCGGUGGGCAUCUACACCAUCAAUGAGUCGGGACUCUGCGACUCCUAUAUCCCAACGUCCCUCAGUGGCGUGUUCCAGCUCGCCCAUGUGUUCUUCGGUCUCGCCUACUUCGGCGGCAGCACCUUACACGGCCUCCUCUACACCUACAUCUGUCUCUUCCUGGGAUACCUGGUCUUCACAGUCUACGGCUUCCAAGACGCAUGCGCAGCCGACAUCGGCGGCUGGUGCUUCGUCUUCACGGUCCUCUGCCUCCUCCAGGCCAUCCACAGCAUCUGGCGCAUGCGCGAGGUGUCGUUCUCUGAGGAGCUGACGAAGGUGUACGAGGCGCUGUUCCACCCUCUGCAGGUCCCCCUGCUGGUGUACAAGGCCCUGGUGGAGUGCCCCAACUGCCAGAUCGUGUCUUUGGAACAGGGAAACAACUAUGCUACCGAGGGAAAGACACCCGUGGACAGGCUAUCUCUGAUGAUUUCUGGAAAGGCUGUUGUGAUCCAUGACGGUAAGAAGCUGCACAUGAUCGGAAGGAACCAGUUCCUGGACUCCCCCGAGUGGGAAUCCGCUAAGGACCAGGAGGACCCCGGCAAGUUCCAGGUGACCAUUCGCGCUGAGACGGACUGUGUGUACCUAACUUGGCCCCGCCGUGAACUGCUGAAUCUGCUGGCCAGGCGCCGUUACCUCGCCCGUGUCCUGUCCGCUGUACUCGGACGUGACCUGACCAACAAGUUUUACAUCCUGAACGAGAAGGUGAUGACCCCACGCGGAAACAAGUACGACAUUCGUCUCCCCGGAUUCUCCCGUCUGCUUGGACAAUUCGACCUGGACGCCAAGGGCCUGGCCAGCUUCGUCCCUCACCGCUUCGGGGCCGGUCCGGAAGGUACCUAAAUAGGUGAUAGAGGAACUACAGGCAGUCCCUACGCCCCCGUCAGACCGAAGUAGAUACCGUACCAGAAGACUUCACAGGAGGCGGAAUCGGAAAAGAUGGAACUUCAAGGACGGCAGAUAUACAUAAGAUAGUAAACAACGUACAGAACAAUUCCCCCAGAAUUCAAAGCGCCCAAUAGCCCGGAUGUAGUCACCAAUUUAUCAUUUCCGGUCGUCUCCGUUAUAAUGACCGUAGUCCUCUUUGCAUAUCAACAGGGACCAUGCUCACAUUGACCUUUUAACUCCUGGGUUCUUUUUGUCGGAAAAGUCUUUCCCGGUCGUGCCUCGGGAUUAUUAUCGUGUAUCGAAUGGCCGGUGAAGCGCUUUGAUGUCUUGGGGGAGGGAAUUAUCUGUAAUGAAGUUUUGAGGGCGCAUCGCCCUUAGUUAUUAACUCUACGUGUACCGAACAACUCUUCACGUAAGUAGAGAUGACAUCCAAGAUUGACCAGCGUGCAUAAGACAACAUGGAAUAUUACUAUUUUCUUUACCAAGAUAGAAAGAUAUCGAUCAUAAUGCUAACAUCUGUUUUUGUGAACACGGUGUAGUAGUAAAUCAUGCAUAUGUUCCUCAAGUACUGGAAACAUGAUAUAUUUGUCGAGAUAAAAAUUGUGCACUAACUUGAAUUACGAAAUUACUAUGUACGUCUUUCGCAUUAUCAAUGGGUAAUUCCGACAAUUGGAAAUUUUAUUAAUUGAACUCAUAACAAUAGUGCUUCAAAUCGUAUCAAUUUACAUGUGAUUUAGUUUAAUUUAUUGAGAGUAGUGACAGAGACGUAUGUGUGACUUGUGUUUUCUUCAAUUUAUUGUAAAUUACGUUGUUGUCUGUUUUGUGCCCAUCUAAAAUGAUUGUACAAACUCAUGACAAUGACUGAGAGGAAGUUAGUUGGACAGAAAUGUAAUCAUAAGAUUGUUCAUUUUCUGACAAAAUACUAUGGUGCAAAUUAGUCGGAGCAUAGUGUGACUGUGACAGUACCUAAACGUUAGAUUCUGUUCGUAGCUUCAAUUUGAUAUGUUGAAAUGCAUGCAUUUUCCGUAAGCAUGACCGCAGUUGGCUUUCCGUAUAGCGAAACAAUGUGUGUGACGAUGAACAAAUUUGACCAAGUUGUACAGCGGAGAGAAAAAAUAAAACUAAAGCUUUUUGUA